AUGGUUGUCCCCUAUCUGUCCAAGGGCGGCCUGGCGGCAGGGCUGCAGCAGGAAGAGUGUGCCUACGUGAGGUUGACGGAGGUGCAGCACCAGCAGUGCCUAGAGGAGGCCCAGACAGAGAACGAGACAGCAGGCUGUGGCAAGAUGUGGGACAACCUGACCUGCUGGCCAGCCACCCCCUGGGGCCAAGUGGUUGUCUUGCCCUGCCCUCUCAUCUUUAACAUCUUCUCUUCUAUUGAAGGCCGCAACGUGAGCCGAAACUGUACCGAGAAGGGCUGGACACCCCUGGAGCCUGGCCCCUACCCAGAAGUCUGUGGCUUGGAGGACAGGGUUAUUGACGAGCAGAAGACCGUGUUCUACAGCUCCGUGAAGACCGGCUACACCAUCGGUUACAGCCUGUCCCUCGCCACGCUAGUGAUAGCUAUGACCAUCUUGACACUGUUCAGGAAGCUGCACUGCACGCGGAACUACAUCCACAUGCACCUCUUCAUCUCCUUCAUCCUGAGGGCCAUGGCCGUUUUCAUCAAAGACUUCGCCCUCUUUAACAGCAACGAAUCAGACCACUGCGAGGUCAGAUCACUGGUGGGCUGUAAAGCAGCCAUGGUCCUAUUCCAGUACUGUGUCAUGGCCAACUUCUUCUGGCUGCUGGUGGAGGGCCUCUACCUGUACACCCUGCUCGCCGUCUCCUUCUUCUCCGAGCGGAAGUACUUCUGGGGGUACAUACUCAUCGGCUGGGGGUUGCCAAGCACAUUUACCAUGAUAUGGACCAUCGUUAGGAUCCAUUUUGAAAAUGAUGGAUGCUGGGACACCAUCAGCUCUUCAUUGUGGUGGAUCAUAAAGGGCCCCAUCAUUGCCUCCAUCUUGGUGAACUUCAUCCUCUUUAUCUGCAUCAUCCGAAUCCUAGUUCAGAAACUGCGGCCCCCAGAUGUUGGAAAGAGCAACAGCAGCCCAUAUUCGAGACUGGCCAAGUCUACACUUCUGCUCAUUCCCCUGUUCGGAGUACACUACAUUGUCUUUGCUUUCUUCCCUGACAACUUUAAGCCUGAGGUGAAAAUGGUCUUUGAGCUCAUCUUGGGAUCCUUCCAGGGUUCAGUGGUUGCUAUCCUCUACUGCUUCCUCAAUGGUGAGGUGCAGGCAGAGCUGCGACGGAAGUGGCGGCGGUGGCACUUGCAAGGCGUCCUGGGAUUGGGCCCCAGAUCCCGGCACCCAUCAGGCAGCAAUGGAGCCACAUGUAGUACGCAGGUGUCCAUGCUGACCCGCGUCAGUCCCGAUGCCCGGCGUUCCUCCAGCUUCCAGGCUGAAGUCUCUCUGGUCUGAUCACCAGGUGUCAAGGGUGGCCCCAUGCACCCACACCCAGGCACUCACCAACCCACCCAUUCGGGGCGGCACUAAGUACAGAGGCCUUUUCUGGGCACA